AUGUUUUAUUACAGAGGCCGUAGUUCAGCUGCUCAACCUGAAAAAAUUCCGAUCCAAGGAACUAUCUCAGACUUUGGUGGCAAUAGUUCAACCAAAGCAACGUACAUGCUUGCAGAUCUAGAGUUCAACACGCCCAAUAAGAUAGACGUGUUGUUAGGCGCUGAUGCUUACAGUUGCAUUGUUAAGAGCCCGUCCGGUACGCUGGUUGCUCAAAGCACUACCUUAGGGUGGGUCCUGUCUGGCGCUGUCAGUAGGGAAAGUUCAACAAAAAUUAAUGUCUUGCAUGCACAACUUAGUGAUGACGAAUUAUUAAGACGAUUUUGGGAAAUUGAAGAGCAAAAUAGUUCAAAGAAAAUAUUGACACCUGAGGAGAAGAAGUGCGAAGAGCUGUAUAAUAAAGUAAGAGACAUCAGUGGAAGAUACGUAGUAAGAUUACCUUUCCGCGAAGAAAAUCCAUUUUGUAAAGGUUGUGGCUCUCGAGCUAUCGCUGAGAAGAGAUUUAAAUCUUUAGAAAAAAGGUUAGGAAGAGAUGUAGAUUUAAAGGAAAGAUACAAGCAGGUAAUAGAAGAGUAUUUACAACUACGACACAUGAGGAAGAUAGAUAAAAGGGACAAGAUUAGGGAUGCAGCGGUAUACUUACCUCACCAUGCUGUAAUCCGGGAGGAUAAAACUUUCUCGAAGGUACGUGUCGUGUUCAACGCCUCCGAGAAGGACAACAAUGGAGUCUCACUCAAUUACACGUUGAUGGUGGGACCUACAUUGCAGUCUGAUUUGAGACACACAGUUUUAAGAUGGAGAUUUCACCCUAUUGCACUGGUAUCAGACAUUGUAAAAAUGUGCCGCCAGGUCAGGAUUUCGGAUGAAGAUGCAAUUUUUCAGCGCGUUUUAUGGCGAGACAGUUCUGAAACCGAAAUCGAGGACUAG